AGGAGCGCCUCAGACACGCAGAGAGCGCGCGUGGGCACAGACCCUUGGAAACGGGAGCUGGAUCCGAAUCAGAACCAGGCAUCCUCCAGUAGUUUCCACCGAGUAUGGACUCCUCAGCCUUUGACUCUGCCCCCCUCCCKGGUCCGUGGCCCCCGGUCCUGCCCUGAAGGCAGCGGAGGAACCUCACCGGCAGUCCCCGGAGCGACGCGGCCGGCCACAGGCGCAGGGAACUCGGUGUGAGAGUGUGGAGGGGCGCCGGGGAGAGAUGCGGUUGAUGUCGCCGCUGACCUGAACGGUCCCGGCAGAUUACCCGGGUCAGAACCAUGCACACCCAGCCUGAUGGCACACUUCCACAGCGGCAGAACGCUGCGGGCAGGAUGCGGACUCUGUGCCGGCUGUGAGCGCAGCUAUGCCCGGGGAGGAGAGCAGACUGRGUCGGUGUGAAGCGGCGAGACUUUCUGCUGACCUGAAGCACAUGAAGCCAAAGAGAUGUUUUAUUUUCUGUGGAAGCAGCCUCGGAUCCAUGCGUGAUGACCCUCAGGUGUGCUGGUGUUUUGAGUUCUGCUCUGUGAACAGAGGGGAGGCAUUAGGAUGGACAUUUUUCAAMCAUCUCAGAAAUGGAAGAUGGUGGAUGAAGGAAUAACAUCCGCGAGAUCAUCCUUGCAUUUGGAAGCUCAGGAGAAACAAUCGCUGAAGGAUUACGGAGGACCAUGUGCAGUUCUGGACUGGACUCAGUGGUGGCUUUAACCCCUACAGAUUCUUAUCCCAUGCUGUUAUUUUGUCAGAUUUUAUAUUUUCUUUGAAAUGGGGAUACAGUGGCRUUUAUGGASUAAGGACUGGACCUCUUUGGUGAAAGUAUGGAUUCCUUUACUGCUAGGUCUUCAUCUUCAGCYGUCACAAGCAUCCAGCUGUCCCAAAGAGUGCCGCUGUGAUCGGACGUUUGUUUACUGCAACGAGCGGAGCCUGACCUCAGUGCCUCUGGGGAUCGGUGAGGGYUACAAGACCCUCUACCUCCACAACAAUCAGAUCAACAACGCCGGCUUUCCCCUGGAGCUCCACCACGUGGCCUCUGUGGAAACUGUGUAUCUGUAUGGAAACGAGCUAGAAGAGUUUCCUGUGAACUUGCCCAAAAAUGUCCGAGUUCUMCAUCUGCAGGAGAACAACAUUCAGACCAUCUCCAGGGCGGCUCUGGCUCAGCUUCUUUGGCUGGAGGAGCUGCAUUUGGACGAUAACUCCAUCUCUACCGUUGGGGUGGAGGAGGGGGCUUUCCGUGAAGCYGUGAGCCUAAAGAUGCUCUUCCUCACCAAAAACCACCUGAGCAGUGUGCCCAUCGGACUCCCCGAUGAUCUAAAAGAGUUGAGAUUGGAUGAGAACCGGAUCGCGAUCAUCGCAGAGGAGGCGUUUGAGAACGUCACCCGGCUGGAGCGCCUGCUGUUGGACGGAAACCUGCUGACGGACGAAGGGAUCUCACCCGGAACCUUUCAGGACUUGGUCACUCUGAGGGAGCUGUCCCUGGCCCGUAACUCAUUGACCUACCCUCCACCGUUCCUCCCCGGGGAGGUGCUCGUCAAGUUAAGCUUUCAGGAAAAUCAAAUGAACCAGAUCCCCGUGCGAGCGUUCGCAGGUUUGCACAAGCUGGAGAGGCUGGAUCUGUCCACCAACCAGCUGCAGCUGCUGCCGCGGGGCGUCUUCGACGGCCUCGUGAGUCUCAGGCAGCUCACGGUCCGGAACAACCCCUGGCUCUGCGACUGCGGCGUCAAAUGGGUGGUGUCGUGGCUCAAAUCCCUGCCUGCCUCGCUGAACGUGCGUGGGUUCAUGUGCCAUAAACCUGAGAAGUUCCGGGGCAUGGUGAUCAGGGAGCUGAGCGCCGACCUGCUCCAGUGCUCAGAGCCCACUUCUCGGACCGAUGCCGCUUUGGAUCCGUCUCUUUUGGCCUCCACGGACUCCCCUCUGGUCACUCGACAUGUUUCAUCCUCCUCCUCCUCCUCCAGAAGACCCAUCCCCACACUCCCCACCCUCUACCCCAUCUACACAACACGGGAGGAGGGGAUGAGGACUAAACAACCUCUGCAGGUCACUUUCACCAUUUUAAACGGGUCAGCUAUUCAUGUGCGCUGGGUGGCUUUGUUUCCAGUCACUGCUUACAAGGUGACCUGGGCCAGGAUGGGCCCCAGUCUGACCGGGGACACAGUCAGAGAAAGGAUAGUGGGUGGGGAUCAUCGGGGGAUCCGACUGGCUAAUCUUGAACCAAAGUCCACSUAUCGGAUCUGCGUCAUUCCCUUGGAUGCUUUCAACAACUACAGGCCCAAAGACGACUCAGUGUGUACGGAGGCCGUGACCACCGCCGCCUUUUUCAGCCCCGACAAUGACAACAGGAGGCGAUCAGGACCCGAGCAGACCACGCAGAGAGAGUCCAACUCACCGUUCCUGCUGGCCGGGCUGAUCGGAGGGGCUGUGAUCGUGGUGCUGSUGGUCCUGCUCAGCGUCUUCUGUUGGCACGUGCACAGGAAGAGCCGCUCGGAGUGGAAAUACAACCGGGGGCGCAGGAAAGACGACUACUGCGAGGCGGGCACCAAGAAGGACAACUCRCUCCUGGAAAUGACUGAAACAGGCUUCCAGAUAGUUUCGCUCAACAACGAGCAGCUCCUCAAGGGGGAUUUUCACAUUCAGCCUAUUUACACCCCUAAUGGGGGCAUCGGCUUCAGAGACCGCCCCGCAGGGAACAACAGCACAGUUUACUGCAAGAACAACGUUCAGGACGCAGAUUUUUGCCAUUCAUGAUGGUUUAGAGACCRUCAGGAGGAUUUCUACUGAAGCUGCCCUCACUUUCCUGAACUCUGUACAGUCUUAAUAAUGUUCUUUAUACAGCUGCAAGGACCAACUCUUUUAUAGAACCAUGUUGGAUUUAUAAGUUGUUGCUUUUCGGAGUUGUGCCGUUUCAGUUUYGUGCACAAACACUCAUAAAAAUUAACAGCGGCUUGUUUUACUGUAACGGUGAAAUGUUAUUUUGUGCAGUUGCGACCAUAACAGAUCCAUAAUCCUCACUGGAGCUUCUGAAGGAAACCUGAGAGGCAGAAAUGAGUGURAUUCUCACCACCGUGGGGCAUAGUUUAUUUUUUAUUUUUCCCUGUUUGUGCAGUCCUCUCUGCACACACGCUGCAGAUCCCUGCCAAAAUGUUGGAUCAUAUGCAAACUGUUUUUUUUUCUGGUUUUAGAGGAAAAUUUAAAGGUCACACUCAUUAAACACUCAAAGUGUCAGGCCUCAGAGCUUCCACCUGCAUCUCCACUUUAAUACAUCAUCACAGCAAAAGGGACCAUCAUUAUUUUUAGCAGACGGUGGGUGACACACAGCGAGCUGUAAAAAAAAUAAGCACAACCUCUGUAUUUUUAACCCCCUUAKGAACCAUUUACUUUUAUUUUUAGCAACAAUAUGUUUCAGCAAAACAGUAUAUAAAUGUGCCUUGAAGUUAUCAGCUUAUUCUGUCUUUUAAAUCCAUGUUUUUGCACAAAAUGUAUUCCUGUAUGUACAUUUUAYUGGACUGUUGUUGAGAAAACACUUUGCUAUUGUUUUAUUUAUUCAUCUCCUUACACAUUUAAUUAAAACAUGUCUUAGAAAUGUGAA